AUGCCCUCUAUCUCUCUGUGCUGCCUCCCUGAAGCCAUAACUUACGGCACACUCAGCGCAGGCCCAGUGGACCCAGGGGAUCUGCAGGGCAGGAGGUAGAGCUGUGUAGAGGCAGAAGUUAGGAGCACAGGCCCCGCCCUCCAUUUGCCUAUCUGAGCAACAGGAAUAAAGCCGGACUCCACCUACCCUGGUGUUGUGUGGCUUCAUGGGCCCAGGCGGUCAGCACUGAGCACAGGGCCUGUUGGUGAAAAACGCAUCGCUCCAGGCGUCCUAAGCGCCAGUGAUGUAGGGCUGCCCUCAUGCAGUGAAAGGUACCUGAGAGUGCGGACGGGGAAUGGGAGGGCCUUGAGCUGUCUCGCCCUGUCUGUGAGGUGCUAAUGGAGCCAGUGUGCAAUGCAUCAGACAUCUCACAAGACAGACAGAGGAAUCGCCCAAUCCAUCACCCUGGAGAGCUGUCAGGAAAGACAGUGUGGCUCUGCCCCUCACCCUGUGAAUGACACAAGGGUAGACCCCAGAGUGUUUGACCUGGAAAGGGCCUCUGAGUCACCUCCUCCAACCGCCACCUUGUGCAGGUGGGAGAUGAGGCCCGGGGAGGCCGAGGGGCUUCCCAAGGUGACACGCGGGGAGAAGGAGAGAGGAGAAGACAGCAUUGAAGAGACAGGGAGUGCUUCAGGAAGGAGGCCAGCGAGGGCGAGUGAAAACGGCACACACUUGUGCGAUGACAUUUUCUACAGUAAACACCCAGGGAAAAGCCACAGCAUAGGGACCACGUGGGUCAGGGGUACUGCUGCGGUGGCCACACUCUCGUUCACCUACGGUGACACCGGGACCUGGCACCAGUUCAACCAGCGCCCACAGCGGAGGAGUAACCCAGACCCCAGAUGCUCCGGCCGUGGGCUGCAGCUCGGAUGGGAAAGGAUCUCCCUCUCCAUAAAAGAAAUGGACAGGCCGGGCGCGGCGGCUCGCGAGAGGCCUGUGGUGGUUCACACUGUUUUAGGGGGACCCUUUUGCCCAGAGGAAACCUUCCCCAGAGAAUCAGGGAGCUGCUCUGGCCCAGACGGCCACACACGGAGCCUCCUGAGUAGACAGAGUCUGCCUUUCCAGCUGCGGAGCCCUGGCCAUUCCUUGCCCUCUCUGGCCUUGGUGACCCUAUUAAUAUAGCUGGGGCUGGACAAGGAGGGUCUCACCAGCCCUUUGAGUCCACUCACUCUAGGGCCUCCGAAACCCCCGCCGGCUGCACCUGUGGCCUCCUCAAGGGCUGCCGGGACCACCAGGACCCCUGGGGCCACAGCCCCUCCCCUGCUUCCAGCCUCCAUGCCUCCACCCAGCCUUCACCCACAGGCCACCAGCAGCUCUCCUGGUUCACCCUCAGCCCUUUGUGUUUACUGAAGGCCUAUGUGAGGGGUGAGUCGGGGAGGCCAGCAGGAAGCUGACCACACUCCUGGGAUCUGCCAGAGAAAAAGAAGCCCCUUCAGGUCCAGCAGAGGCUGAGCUUGAUGUGGUGGACGAGUCGGGUCUCUUUCCAUUGCAAGGGGCAGAAGCCUGAUUCAAAUGGGCUGAAGCACAGGGGGAAAAUCAUCGGCUCAGUAGGGGAUGCAUGGCCUCAGGAAUGGCAGGAUCAAGGGCUCACAAGUGACAUCUUUAAGAAUUCACCUCUCAGCUGGGUGCAGUGGUUCCUGCCUGUAAUCCCAGCACUUUGGGAGGCUGAGGCAGGAGGAUUGCUUGAGCCCAGGAGUUCAAGACCAGCUUGGGCAACAUAGCAAGACUCCAUCUCUAC